CGAGCAAAUUCUCGUCUCGAGAUGUUAGAAGGUGCUAAAUCAAUAGGUGCCGGAGCUGCUACAAUAGCUUCAGCGGGAGCUGCUGUCGGUAUUGGAAACGUCCUCAGUUCCUCGAUUCAUUCCGUAGCGCGAAAUCCAUCAUUGGCUAAACAAUCAUUUGGUUAUGCCAUUUUGGGCUUUGCUCUCACCGAAGCUAUUGCAUCGUUUGCCCCAAUGAUGGCCUUUCUGAUCUCAUUCGUAUUCCGAUCGCAAAAAAGGAAAAACGGUUGAAAUCUUCGAAUGUAGUUACUGAUGUUAUCAAAGUCAAUAUCUCUUUGCUUUGU